AUGCAAGCGAGUACGGCUGGGCUCUCCGCGGAGGAUGAGCGACGUAUGAUGGCUGUGCUGCAAGAGCUGCAGAUCCAAGACUCCAUGCGGCUUUACAAUGAGCUCGUGUACCUCUGUUUCAACAACUGCGUGGACUCAUUCCGCAGUAGCAAACUGGAAGCCAAGGAAGAAGCGUGUGUAACCAAGUGCGCUCAGAAGUUUCUGAAGCUUGCUGCACGCGCUGGACAGCGAUUCGCAGAGCAGCAGCAACAGUUUCUCGGUGGUGGUAGUGAUGGUGGUGCUGGUGGCAGCAGCAGCAGCAGCAGCAGCGACGGUAGCGCCUUGAGUCGCUAG